AAUGUAGGUUUAGUGUUGUUGGCUUUUUAAUAUGGCGAGUCCCGUCCAGCGUGUGUACUAAAAUCAGGUUGAAUACGUUUAAAGAGACUGACAAAAUGUCUGAACUGACACUUCAGUUUGAAUCCAGUGAUGAUGAACUCCCAGAGGAGGUCGCCUUUGAUGCGUCCAAAAGUGUCGCUCUGAAGAGCGUUAAAGAUGCACUGGAUGCAGCCAAAAGAGAAAAGAACCUGCUGAAAGAGAAGCGAAGAAAGAAACAACAGCUGUUUCAAGAACAAAAGAAGAGAAAACUUCUUCCUCAGGAGCUCUUGGAGGAAUUUGAUACAAAACCCCAAAAACAGACAGAUCUAUCAGCCAAUAAAGGUAUCUACAAAAAGGUAUCAACAAAGCCAUCACACAACAAUAAAGUUAAGGAACAGGAGACAGGGACCAUGCCUAAGAAAACCCCAAAAAGUUUACCAGUCAGCUACAGAGUAAUGAGGAUAAAGGAUGAAUCCGCUGCCAAAACACUGCAACAAAGGGCCACGGACUUCGUUCAGUCCCGCCUUUAUGGACCAGGAACCAAAAGAACAACCAAUGCUGAGCUUCUAUCUCUCAAAAAGAAAAGGGGUGCGAGCCAAGGUGCAGCUGUGGAGUUUGCGAAUAAAAAACUGGGUGCUUGCAAAAAAGCAAGGAUUAAAAGGUCCAACAAACGGUUUAUACGCCAGCAAAAACUGAUUCCUUUCUGAGACCUAAAGCAGGAGAAAGAACUGCUUGAUUACGAGUUCAACACAUGAAAACAUCGGCUUCCAUCAUCCAGCUGUUUUUGACCUUGUGGAUCAUAUUUUUCUAAAGGACACCUUUACUUCAAACCUUUUUCUUUGAGCCUCAUAUAGUUUAAAAAUAUUAAACCUUGUUAUCAAAUAAGAUGAAGUCAUUUAAAACUUAAACAUUUUUACUAGAGGCAGAAGCUGAAUGUAAAUUUAAGUUUAAAUAUCUACUGUACCCGUCAAUAAAUGUAAACCUGAUCGAAGGAUUAACAA